AUGACUCCACUCCUCGCUGUACAAGUAAACAGCCACCAUCUGCCUGGCACCCUGAAGGCACACGCUGGCCAGUCACCUGAACCCACCCCUAAACCCCUCAUCUGGGCUGCCCCUGGCCCCAUGGUGGCCGCAGGGAACCCUGUGACCAUCUGGUGUCAGGGGUCUCGGCAGGCAGACACCUACCGUCUGUUCAAAGCUGGGGCCUCUUCAGACCACAACCCCUGGGCCCACCGGGACUCCAGACAAGCCCAGCUUCCCCCUGGGCUCCCUGACCCAGGCCCCUGGUGGCGCUGGGAGGGAAGGUGUCCCUCCUGUGCAGCUCAGGGAAAGGGGGAGAAUGUGACCCUGCAGUGUCUUUCUGAGGUCUGCCUUGACACCUUCCACCUGUGCAAGGAGGGGUCAGCUGCUCCUCCCCAGCAUGGCCUGUGUCAUCUCCGGCCAGCUUCACACUGAAUGCUGUGACCUUG